CAAACGUGCAUUUUAACAACAAUGAAUCUGUGAUAAAUUGACAUUGUAAUUGCGGAAAUCAUGUCUCUUGCCACUGAAGUACAGUUAUCACUCUCAGUAAAAUAUCCUACAAAUCUGGUAGGGCUAAUCACUGGUGACAAGUGGUUGAACAGUAAACGCGAAAGUGAUGGAGCGGAAGGAUUGUGGAGGAUUCACGAUGGUCUGUAUGACGUCAGUGACUUUAUUUCAUCGCACCCCGGCGGACCGAGCUGGUUGGAAAUGACAAAGGGUACCGACAUUACGGAAGCGUUCGAAGCUCACCACGUAAACCUCGUAGCAGAGAAAACUCUGCAAAAGUACUACGUGCGUAAAGCUCUCGCGCCUCGAAAUUCGCCCUUUACCUUCGAAGAGGACGGUUUCUAUCGCACCCUGAAAAGGAAUAUCCGACCGAUUUUAAAAACCGUUCCAAAAAGUACGAUAAGGGCUACCGACUUGGUAAUUGACGCAUUGGUGGUUGGAACGUUCCUCACAGCAAUUUGUGCCUCAAAAUUUAUGAGCUUGGCCUUCGCAUGCGUUUGUGCCUUUUUACUGACAUUUACAACAAUUGCCGCCCAUAACUACUUCCACAAACGGGAUAAUUUCCGGAUGUACUACUUCAACUUAUGCCUGAUGGACUUCAGGGGAUGGAGAAUCUCUCACGCUUUAAGCCAUCACCUCUUCCCCAACACCAUUUAUGAUUUAGAGAUGAUCACUUGGGAAACGUUAGUACCAUAUUUCCCCGUGAAGAAGUCCUUCGCUUUUAAAUGCAAGGCAUGCGUGACGGCUGUCAUACUUUGGGUCACUGUCUAUUUUAUUUCCUACGCAUUCAAGGUGUAUACCAUUAUCAAAACACAAAAGAUGUAUCUUUCGGAUUUGAUACCGUUCACUCUUCCACUGGCUAUGUACCUCAUCAACACAGCUAACCCCUUGGCCGCUGUAAAGAUGUGGCUGCUUAUUGUUACUGUCGCAAGCUUUAUCUUUGGCGUAAUUGGAUUUAGUGCCGCGCAUCAUCAUCCCGAUGCUUUCCACGAAGGCGACGCACCCAGAGCGAAGAAAUUGGAUUGGGCGAUUCAUCAGUUGGACACGACCUACGAUCGCUACAAAGUAACCGGCAAUUCGUUCUUGGUACUGACAACGUUCGGAGAUCACGCACUCCACCAUAUAUUUCCGACCCUCGACCACGGUGCGCUGAAGUACCUGUAUCCGGUUUUUGAGAAGACCAUGAAGGAAUUUGGUCUCGGUCACCAAAUGAGAUCGCAGACGGAAAUGUUCAUUGGCCAGUUUCGACAGUUGGCCAGAGACACGCCGCAUGUUUUGCCAGCUGGCUCGAGGAAUUAAAAAUACUGAAGUAAUUAUAGUGGUUGAUAGUAAAUUAUAAAAAUGCUGUACAAUUUAGGGGUUUUCAGAUGUUACCAAUAACUGGUGCCUUAAAAAAUAAGUUAUAUAUAAGAUCCGUUCACUUUUAAAAAAUGAUUUGAUCCCAUUUGAGGGUCCAAUAACAA